UUCUAUCCAAAGGGAAUUACGGUUUUGAUCCGGUUUCAGUCCAAUUUUAAAUUUAACCAACUCCAGACUAAUUUUGAUAUAGACCGAUUUUAGUUCGAUUCCGGUUCAAAAUCCACCCAUUGCCACCGCUAAACGAAAGGAUUUGGGUAAUUUUUUCGAAAAAAAUGUUUUAUUGCAAUUAAUUUGGGCUUUCAUUUUGUGGCAUUCACGAUUCAACGGCCGUUAGCGCGUCCGCACAAUUUGUAUCGUCGCCUUAAGAACGUCUUUUUUAGUUUGGAAACAAAAUUGGCUUUUCUUGAUAACAUGACAAAGAAGAGAAAGAAGCAAUUGCAGAGUAAAAGAGGAAUGGAGAUGUAAAAUGUUGAGGCGGCUGAUGAGAUGAACGGUCGUAAACUGCCCCCACAUGUCCGUGGAAUCCAAACAGAAUCAACAUCAAGUGUAACCCACUAGCGCAGCAAUAUGCUCAGCUCGAUAAAUGCUGCAUGUCACCAUGUUACAAGUGUAAAUUACAAGUGUCUUUUAUUCUUUUGUAGAACGGGUGGUGGCAUCAAAAAGAGAAUACAAAUAUACAAUCAAAUCAAAACCCAAAAGAGAGAUAGAGAUAGAGAGAGAGAUGGACUUUUGCUUCAACUGUCACCUAUCUCAUGACAAUGGCAUCUGCUGCUCCUUCUUUGAUAAAAUAUCGUUAUUAUUUUAAUUGAAUGACCCAAUAAAGAAGAAGAUUAGACUCAUUAAUUAGUGGGAUUCUUAUUCUUAUCCCAAUACACUUACACUUACACUUCCACAGUCUCUCAUAUUCUCCUCUAUUGGCCUUUGAAGAAUUUCUUUUGCUUUACUUUCGAUUCCUUUUUUAAUUGCUUUGUGGGUCCCUUGCACUAAUGUUUAUUAAUCUAUUUGAUAUGCUUAUCAUUAUCACAAUUUUCAACUCCCUCUUCUUUCCAAAUGGUGGGUUGCAUUUGCAUUGGCAAUGGCUGGAACUGAAGCAGAGAAUCCAAUUGGCGGUGAGAAGUUUGUUGGUGAGCAUGAACAUUUCUUGGAAAUGGAAGAGAGUUUUAUGUUUGGAGCUGCUUCCAUUUGGCAUCCUCUCAAACUAGUCAUCAGCUGUCUCAUACUCCUCAACUUUCUAUGUGUUGGUUAUCCCUCCAAAGAUCCUGACCUAGAAGGUGAAGCUUUGAUUCAACUUCUGAGUGCGCUCAAUGAUUCCAAUCACCGAGUGGAAGAUUGGAAUUAUUAUCUGGUUAGCCCUUGCUUUAGUUGGUCUCAUAUCACUUGUAGAAAUGGAAAUGUCAUAUCCCUGAGCUUGGCUGCAAAUGGGUUUUCAGGAACUCUUUCACCUGCAAUCACCAAACUGAGGUUCUUGGUUAACUUGGAACUGCAGAACAAUAAUUUAUCAGGGCCAUUGCCAGAUUAUCUUGGCAGCCUGACGCACCUAGAAAAUCUGAAUCUUGCUAGUAAUAAAUUCCAUGGUUCUAUACCAAUCGCUUGGGGCAAGCUGUUUAACUUAAAGCAUUUGGAUAUUUCAUCAAACAAUUUAACUGGGCGAGUACCGAAGCAAUUCUUUUCAGUUCCAGAGUUCAAUUUUACAGAAACAAGUCUUACUUGUGGGUCCAGGUUGGAAGAACCUUGUGUCUCAAAGUCUCCUUCUCCAGUUUCACCCAAUAAGUCAAGGCUUAGUAUCAUUGUAAUUGCUGCAAGCUGUGGUGCUUUCAUACUUUUUCUCCUAGGCUUUGCGUAUAGACACCAUCGAUUGCGCAGACUCAAAAAUGAUGUCUUUGUUGAUGUUGCUGGGGAGGACGACCGCAAAAUUUCCCUUGGGCAGAUUAAAAGAUUUUCUUGGCGUGAAAUCCAACUUGCAACUGACAAUUUCAGUGACAGCAACAUAAUUGGACAGGGAGGCUUUGGAAAAGUUUACAAAGGUGUCCUUUCAGACAACACAAAGGUUGCUGUAAAACGUCUUUCAGAUUGUUACAUUCCUGGAGGAGAGGCUGCAUUCCAUAGAGAAGUUCAAAUUAUUAGUGUUGCAGUUCACAGGAAUCUUCUACGGUUGAUUGGCUUUUGUACAACUUCCUCUGAGAGAAUCCUUGUUUAUCCAUAUAUGCAAAAUCUCAGUGUUGCAUUUCACCUGAGAGAAUUAAAACCUGGAGAAACGGGCUUGGAUUGGCAAACAAGGAGACGUGUGGCCUUUGGUGCAGCUCAUGGCUUGGAGUAUUUGCACGAGCAUUGCAAUCCUAAAAUCAUACAUCGUGACUUAAAGGCUGCUAAUAUCCUAUUAGAUGACAAUUUUGAAGCCGUUCUGGGAGAUUUCGGGCUAGCAAGGCUGGUUGACACAAAGCUGACUCAUGUUACCACUCAGAUACGUGGUACCAUGGGUCACAUUGCCCCAGAAUAUUUGUCCACUGGAAAAUCUUCGGAGAAGACGGAUGUUUUUGGAUAUGGUGUAACACUUCUUGAAUUGGUAAAUGGCAAGCGUGCAAUAGAUCUUUCCCGGCUUGCAGAGGAAGAGGAUGUUCUUCUGCUUGAUCAUGCUAAAAAGUUGCUGAGAGAAAAUAGAUUGGAUGACAUUGUGGAUGGAAACUUGAAGACUUAUGACCGUAAAGAAGUUGAGACAUUGGUCAAGGUUGCAUUGCUCUGCACCCAAAGCUCACCUGAAUGCCGUCCUAGAAUGAGUGAAGUGGUUAAGCUGCUACAUGGAGUUGGCCUGACUGAAAGAUGGAUAGAGUGGGAGCGGCUGGAGGAUGCAAGGAACCAAGACUUUUCACUUAUGUCUUGCCAAUAUCUGUGGGCUGAAGAUUCCACUGUUGACCAAGAAGCUAUUCAUUUAUCCAAGGCAAGAUAGAGUUGUUGCAAUAUGUUUUUCAUUUUUUAAGCUACCAUCAUCAAUCAACCUAACAAACAGACCACUAGCAUCUAUAGAUUGCUGUAAAUGAAAUGGAGAAAAUAAUGUACCAUUUUAAGUAGUAUGCCUUGUUUACAUGUAAUAUAUUAUGGCUUGAUAAAGGAAAGAAUUCUAGCAAGAGAAUCCAUUUGUUAUGGAUCAUUAGAAAUUUUAAUAAUGCUUUGUUAUAAAAAGAGGAAAUUACAUAUAUGUAUAUAGUUUUUUAAAUAGUAUCAUUUAUUUAUACAGUGCUUUUUUGUU